GCUCUUCGGAGCCCCCAGCCGCUACCGCCUCGCCGCCACCCACGGGAACCGCCACAAUGAACCCCCAGUGCGCACGCUGCGGAAAAGUCGUGUAUCCCACCGAGAAAGUCAACUGCCUGGAUAAGUAUUGGCAUAAAGGAUGUUUCCAUUGUGAAGUCUGCAAGAUGGCUCUGAACAUGAACAACUAUAAAGGCUAUGAAAAGAAGCCCUAUUGUAAUGCACACUACCCAAAGCAGUCCUUCACGACGGUGGCAGAUACACCUGAGAAUCUUCGCCUGAAGCAGCAAAGCGAAUUGCAGAGUCAGGUCAAGUACAAAAGAGAUUUCGAAGAAAGCAAAGGAAGGGCCUUCAGCGUCGUUACAGACACUCCUGAGUUACAGAGGCUGAAGAGGACUCAGGAACAAAUCAGUAACAAAAAGUGGUUCGAUAUUAGAUAUCCAAGAGGAAAUAUGAAUGAAAAUCAACAACUGUGUAUAUGAUAUAAAAGUGUGCACACAUAUGCAGGAUUCAUACUGUAUAUCUAGAUGUUAUAAGUGAUAUAGCCUUAAUUUCCAGGGAAUGUUUAAUUAGUAGAUGGUUUUAAACUCGCUAAUACUUGGCCAUCAUCAUAUAUAGAGUGACAAUUUGCAGAUA